AUGCCUGAUAACAGUUAUGUGAUAAAACAAGGUAUUAUUUCAAGGGUUGCAGAAUUUGUUGAGACAUUAAAAGCAUUAGAACAAAAAUAUAAAACAUCAGUGAAACAAAAACAAUUAAAUUUACCGAUAAUGAAUAGUAACACAAUGAAGAAUACAAAUAAUAAUACUUUAAAUCAAACAUCCUCAUCCAUAACAACUAAUAAUACUCAAACACCAACAAUAACGAUUCCAAUAUCAACACAAGUUGUAUCGCUACUUUCUCGAUGCUCAUCAUCGCCUAUUUCAAUUUACAAUGUCCAACAAAAAUAUUUAGAAGUAGUAACAAAUGCGGGAGAUAAACGGUAUUUAAAACGAAAAGAUGAAGAUGUUGAUGAAAUGGUUGAUGAAACUGAUGAUAACAAUGAGAUUACUGAUGACGAAACAAAGUCAAUACAAAAUGAUAAUGAGAAAGAAAAUACAAAAUCCUCAUCUUCCUUAGCGUCGCCAUUAACAACAAUUGAUACACGUUUAAGUUUAAAAAGAAAAUAUAAAUCGGCUACUGAGGAUAGUAAUCGAGAAAAUCUAAACACAAAAUCGUCUUUGCCUAACAAGAAGAAAAAAGUCUAA